UUGGAUUUGUGAAUGUAGUCCAACCUGGAGCGAUGAUGUCACAAAUGCAACAUGUUUGGAGGGCCAUGCUUUUAUGGACUCUGCUUUUUGUGGAGCAAGGAAAUACUACGGAGAACUGCACCACCCGCCGAUGUCUGGCGAACAACCUCGUCAACAAAAAAUUAAUAACUCAGCCACAGCGUGACAACUGCUCCGAGUACAUUUUUGUGCCGAUCAUUGAGUAUCAGACCAUCAAAGUUGACACAAAGAAUCUUCGUUUGGUUUGUCGUUUGGAUGCCAUCAUUGAAUGGACUGAUGAUGAUUUAUACUGGGAUUAUAGCGUUUACCCUUAUAAUGAGGUGAUCCUACCCGUGAGCAAAGUCUGGACCCCGGAUAUAUUUGUGACCAAUGGCAUAUCUUCAACCACGCACAACAGCUUCCGCGACCUGAUAGUUUACAGCAACGGCACCUUGAGGCACAGAGUGGUGAUAGCGGCCGAGGUCAACUGUGAGUUUAACCUCUUCAACUACCCAUUUGCUGAAGACGAAUGUCCCGUGGUCAUCCAAACCUGGUCCACUGAAGGAUGUGGUACAACCAUGGAAGUCGGUAAACUGGACGUGUAUGACGGGAGCCACGGUGACUGGGAAACUCUGGACGCUUACCUUCACUCUCCAUCCAAUGAAAAAUACUUGAUUUCAGUCAUUUUGAAGAUCCGUCAGCAGAAUCCCUUCAUCACGCUGAUGCUUCCGAGCAUUCUGAUCAUCCUGGCCGACAUGGUGAGCUUCGCCCUGCCGCUGAAUUGCGGCGAGCGCAACUCCUUCAAGGUCACCCUGGUGCUCAGCUUCACCAUGUUUCUGCUCAUCCUCAACGACCACCUGCCCGGCGACAGCGAGUGUAGCCCCGUGAUAAAAACACACUUCUGCGUGUGUCUGGUGAUGUUGGUGGUCAGCAUGCUAGUGUCCAUGGUGCUUACUAGGGUAGCCCAGGAUGGAGGCCUUAUCUUCUGCUGCUUUUCAAGAGGAGCAAAGGCUGCAAACAAGCAAGAGGAAGCUGACCGGGAAGUCGCAGGAGACAUCAGCGUCAUCCAGAUUGACAACUCGGAGGAAAAUCAGAUGUACCGGAAGGUGAUAGACUUCCUGAACGCCAUCAAAGCCAGGGAAGUGGAUUCCGACCGCAAACAGGCGCUCGCCGACAGGCUGGAUAAAAUCUUUUUCUGGUUCUAUUUCAUUGUGGGCACGGCAUACUUUUGCGCCAUGAUCACGGUGAUGGUGAAAUACGACUGUAAUGUCAACCAUUUGGAAUUCUUGGAUUGAACGCCAGCGGUGGGAAGCAACAGAGUAGAUUUAUUUUGUACUUUUUUUCCCUUUCAUUAUGAAAAACACAUUUAUGGCGGAAAACACAGACAAGGCUGAAAAAGCAGUUUCUGCUCUUGCACCCCUCUUGAAAAUAAACUGCUGUAUUUUAAGCCAAAAGAACUGUUGUCUUUGACAGAAAAAUAUGUUUAUAUGGUCCUAUAGCAGUUUCAUGGCGCAUUAUGCCCUAGAAUUAUUUUUAAUUUGUCCGUUUUACCCUGGAGACCCCCGUUUACAGACACCGCACAACCACUUUUGUUUCAACCCAGCCAUAAAAAGGAGGCAAGUAAUUAUAUUAUGGGAAAUGUCUAUCAUUUUUAGCUUAGAAUCAUUAACUGAUGUCUAAUACUUAGUUAAAAAAAGAAAACGAUUUUAAAAAAUUAUUCACUCGACUAUUUUCAACUUUUAAACAAAUUACGUCACAAUGAAAAAAAUGGUGUCUGUAAAUUGUCACGGACAUUUACCUCAUAACUAUCACUUAAUUUUAUUUUUUUUAGUCACAUUUUGAUAAAUAAUUUAUCCAAAGAAAAAUUUAAAAAUAAGGUCUAAAAGGGUAAAUAUUUGAAAAAGAAAAUCUUGACCACUCUUUGAUGUCUGUGAAUUCUGCGUCACGACUCUGGUUAUAUUACCGUGUUUCACCCAUAAAAUUCCCACAAAGCCUGACUGUGGCCAUUCACAGCUGUGUCUUGACACUGGGUGAUACAUGUUACAGUUUUCGGAUCGAGACAAGUACACGAUAAUAUCUCAUUAAAAUCAUGGUGUCUUUACAUAUGCUAUCACCUUGAGUUACCGGAAAGCCACAAAAUGACAUACAUUGCAGUCGAACACUAGCCCGAGAAUUAUGGACACAGCAGGCUAACUGACUAGCGUGGUGUCCAUUAUCUUUUCGACUCUUGUUUCCGUUUCGUUUGCUUAUUAUGGGAUGAUAUCGAUGGAUUAGAUACAUUAGAUGCUUAAAUUAUAAAGCCUAGGUCCUAGGCUGCAAGGCUAAAAAUACAAUAAAUUUAUGUACUCAUUUAUGUUCCCUUUAUGUAUACAGAGCCUUUUAUUCUCAGUAUCCUGCAUUCACAUUCUUUAAUCAUAAUUGAAAAAAUAUUUCAAAAGCCCACUGCAAAAAAUAAAUUAUCAUGGUAUUGGAAUUUAACCCCUAAAAUUCCCCUGGAAAUGUUUUUUCUUUGCACAGAUUAAAAUCAAGCGAAAUCAAAAACUGUAUGGAGUAAAGUUAUCAUUAACUACACAGCUAACUCCCCGUUUAGCCAUGUUUAUUCAUAAAAUAAAACACAGGGCUGAAUUAAAUCUACAUUUACUCACACACAAAUUAUUUAUUACUGUACAUCCACCUACAUGUCUUAGUGCAUGCAUAUUGAUAAUCAAAGACUUCAGUAGACAAAGGGGGAUAAUCUUGAAUUGUUCAUUAUUUAUUAUGGAACAGGAUGGGUGUCCAAAACAUUUUUUUUAAAAUGAGAAACUUAAAGAAAAUGUCAAAGGUCCCAAAAAUGUCUAUUUUUCACUCACCUGAUUUGACCUACUUGUAAGGUGUCAAAAAAAUGUCCAUUUCAAAAUGUUUCUUCCCCCCCGAAAACAGAUUUUAAGCUUUCCGUUGAUGUAUCACAUACAGUAGGGCAAAUAAGUAUUUAGUCAACCACCAAUUGUGGAAGUUCUCCUACUUGAAAAGAUUAGAGAGGCCUGUAAUUGUCAACAUGGGUAAACCUCAACCAUGAGAGACAGAAUGUGGGAAAAAAACAGAAAAUCACAUUGUGUGAUUUUUAAAGAAUUUAUUUCCAAAUUAGAGUGGAAAAUAAGUAUUUGGACACCUACAAACAAGCAAGAUUUCUGGCUGUCAAAGAGGUGUAACUUCUUCUAACGAGGUUUAACGAGGUCUAACGAGGCUCCACUCGUUACCUGUUUUAAUGGCACCUGUUUUAACUCAUUAUCGGUAUAAAAGACACCUGUCCACAAUUUCAGUCAGUCACACUCCAUAUUCCACUAUGGCCAAGACCAAAGAGCUGUCGAAGGAUACCAGAGACAAAAUCAUUGACCUGCACCAGGCUGGGAAGACUGAAUCUGCAAUGGGUAAAACGCUUGGUGUAAAGAAAUUAACUGUGGGAGCAAUUAUUAGAAAAUGGAAGACAUACAAAACCACUGAUAAUCUCCCUCAAUCUGGGGCUCCAUGCAAGAUCUCACCCCAUUGCGUCAAAAUGAUAACAAGAACGGAGAGCAAAAAUCCCAGAACCACACGGGGGGACCUAGUGAAUGACCUACAGAGAGCUGGGACCACAGUAACAAAGGCUACUCCUGCACAUCCUACAUCCUGCACUGCCAGACGUGUCCUCCUGCUAAAGAAAGUAGACGUCCAGGCCCGUCUGCGGUUCGCUAGAGAGCAUUUGGAUGAUCCAGAAAAGGACUGGGAGAAUGUGUUAUGGUCAGAUGAAAUCAAAAUAGAAAUUUUUGGUAGGAACACAGGUUCUCGUGUUUGGAGGAGAAAGAAUACUGAAUUGCAGCCGAAGAACACCAUACCCACUGUGAAGUAUGGUGGUGGAAACAUCAUGCUUUGGGGCUGUUUUUCUGCAUAGGGACCAGGACAACUGAUCUGUGUAAAGGAAAGAAUAAAUGGGGCCAUGUAUGAAGAGAUUUUGAGUGAAAAUCUCCUUCCAUCAGCAAGGGCAUUGAAGAUGAGACGUGGCUGAGUCUUUCAGCAUGACAAUGAUCCCAAACACACAGCCAGGGCAACAAAGGAGUGGCUUCGUAAGAAGCAUUACAAGGUCCUGAAGUGGCCUAGCCAGUCUCCAGAUCUCAACCCCAUAGAAAAUCUGUGAAGCGAGUUGAAAGUCCGUGUUGCCCAACGACAGCCCCAAAACAUCACUGCUCUAGAGGAGAUCUACAUGGAGGAAUGGGCCAAAAUACCAGCAACAGCGUGUGAAAAGCUUGUGAACAGUUACAGAAAACGUUUGGCCUGCGUUAUUGCCAACAAAGGGUACAUAACAAAGUAUUGAGAUGAACUUUAAGUAUUGACCAAAUACUUAUUUUACAGCAUGAUUUGCAAAAAAAUUCUUUAAAAAUCAAUGGGAUUUUCUGUUUUUUUCCCCCACAUUCUGUCUCAUGGUUGAGGUUUACCCAUGUUGACAAUUACAGGCCUAAUAUUUUCAAAUGGGAGAACUUGCACAAUUAGUGGUUGACCUAUUUAUUAGCCCCACUGUAUGCAUAUAGAACAAUUUUGAAAUUUGGCCAAAUUGCGGGUCUCAGAGCGGAACUUCAAUUCACCUGAGUGUUUUCCGCCAUAUUCACGCUACUUUGUUAGAGUAGGCUUGUUUUUUUGUUUUUUUAAAUCCAUGUGUGAUGAGACAAUGUGAAAACCAUGUCAAUACCCUACACAUGUAUAUACCCUAUUUUUUAAUAAUUUCCAACACCAAUGUUAACAUUGCACAUUAUAUCCUUGCAUGAUAAGUACAUAUAAUUUCAUAUGUAGGCUUGCCUUGAAUAGCUCUAUAGAUCGUUACUGCCCUCUAGAGGUGGCAUCGUGUCCUCGGUAUUUGGGGAAAGACAAUAGUUGACAAGUCAUAAAAAUCAGGUUCCUGGACGUUUAUUAAUGUGUAUAUAUAUAUCUAUAUAUACAUAUUUUUGCAUUAUAAAAAGUACAAAAAUCAACCAGGAUUUUUUAAAGAUUCUCAGCAACAAGUUGUUCUCAAAGAGCUUACACCCAACAGAAAAAAUCUGAUUCUUAGCCUCACAAUAUAUAUAAUUUACUGUCACAAUAACCAUGGGAAAAAAAGUCUAUAUCUAUACUUAAAACAUAUUUUUUUUCUUUGAGUAAAUUCUUUGUCAUCCAUGUCGAAAUUUGAGUCAGUAAAACUAUAGACUUCACAUUUAUUCAAUUGUUUGUACAAUUAUGCUUUUUUAACUGAAAAGUUUAGUUAUUCCUUGCACUCCUGGUGUAAAAAGAUAUUAAUGUGAUCAUGUAAAUUCAAGUGUAUUGCACAUAUUGCAUGCAAUGUCAGUGGAAAAUGUAUCUCACCCUGCCCAGUGCAGACGCACAUUUAAA